CCCCGGCGGCCCGGGCAAAAAGGCUGGGACUGGGCCGCCGGGGGCGGCGGGAGAGUGGGUCGGGACACCCCCUGAGCGCACAGCAGGCUCGGGCUCCGGAGGCACCAUGAGCGGCCGGGUGGGGGACUUGAGCCCGCGGCAGGAGGAGGCGCUGGCCAAGUUCCGGCAGAAUGUCCAGGAUGUGCUGCCCUUGCUACCUACCUCAGAUGACUAUUUCCUUCUGCGAUGGCUCCGAGCUCGAAGCUUCGACCUGCAGAAGUCGGAAGCCAUGCUGAGAAAGCAUGUGGAGUUCCGGAAACAAAAGAAUCUUGAAAAUAUUUUGAGUUGGCAGCCCCCAGAGGUGGUCCAGCAGUACCUGUCCGGGGGGAUGUGCGGCUUCGACCUCAAUGGCUGUCCCGUCUGGUACGAUGUCAUCGGGCCGCUGGAUGUCAAGGGGCUGCUGCUGUCCGCCUCCAAGCAGGAUCUGCUCAGGACCAAAAUGAGAGACUGUGAGAUGAUCCGGACAGUGUGUGCCCAGCAGUCUGAGAAGCUGGGGAAGAAGAUCGAGACCCUGACCAUGGUGUAUGACUGUGAGGGGCUGGGCCUUAAGCAUCUCUGGAAGCCUGCUGUGGAGCUCUAUGGGGAGUUCCUCUGCAUGUUUGAGGAGAAUUACCCAGAGAGCCUUGGACGCCUCUUUGUUGUGAAAGCUCCCAAGAUAUUCCCGGUGGCCUACAACCUCAUCAAACCCUUCCUGAGCGAGGACACAAGGAAGAAAAUCAUGGUUCUGGGGGCUAACUGGAAGGAGAUUUUACUGAAGCACAUCAGCCCGGACCAGUUGCCCGUGGAGUAUGGGGGCACCAUGACAGAUCCCGAUGGAGACCCCAAAUGCAAAUCCAAGAUCAACUACGGGGGUGAAAUCCCCAAGAAGUAUUACAUCCGGGACCAGGUAAAGCAGCAGUAUGAGCACACGGUCCAGAUCAACAGGGCCUCCUCCCAUCAGGUGGAGUACGAGAUUCUCUUCCCGGGGUGUGUCCUCAGGUGGCAGUUCAUGUCAGAUGGGGCAGACGUGGGCUUUGGGGUGUUCCUGAAGACAAAGACUGGUGAGCGGCAGAGAGCAGGCGAGAUGACGGAGGUCCUUCCCAACCAGAGGUACAAUGCUCACCUGGUCCCUGAGGAUGGGACACUUACCUGCAGUGAGCCUGGGAUCUAUGUCCUGAGGUUUGACAAUACCUAUAGUUUUAUCCAUGCCAAGAAGGUCAGCUUCACUGUGGAGGUGCUGCUCCCGGACAAGGCCUCGGAGGAGAGGCUGCAGCAGCUGGGAGAGAAGGGCAUGGCUCCUUCUCGGCAGUGAAGAUCACAGCCGCCUGGCCUCAGCCCCUGCCCAGGCCCCACUCCCUGCAGCUCUGAACUAGGGAACCUGGGCAGAGGUCAGGACAGUGCCCACCCCUGCCUCACCUCUGGGAUGCAGCCAGCCCAGUCUGGAGAUGGGGUGAGAGAGAACUUGGUGGGGUGGAUAGAGGCAGGGUGGCUCAGGAAAAGUCCCUCCCCACCUCCCCUCUUUUCACCCUCCAGCUGAACACAGGGUUCCAUGGGUGCUGGGCGCUGAUGGGAUCUGUCCCUCCUUUGGUUAGUGCCAAGCUCAGUUUCUGUCCUGGGCCAGCUCCCCCAGGCUGGGGGAAAGGGAGCCAGAUAUUGGUGAGGGAAGAAGGGUAGAGGGAAAUGAUUGGCAUUAGACAUCGAGACUCUGGGACUGGGCCCUAAGAAGCCCGUUCCUAGAGCUAGCUGAUAUCAGGGGGCCGGGCUGGGCAUGGGAGCGCUUUGUCCCCACGUUAGGUCAGAAGAGGCGGGUCCUCCUCGACAGGAGGUCAGGCACAGGUCUCUCCAGGCUGUUCCCUAUUUUAAGAGAUUCCAGGCCUCCUACAGCCCAGGUUGGCUUAAUCGCUAAUGAAUACGGAUAAUUAAUACUGAGAGCUAACUACCCCCAAGGCCUGGGCCUCUGCCCAGCACUGCCAGCCUCUGUUCUGUGGGCCAUACAGAAGGAGAUGCAAAGCUCAAAUAAGACAUUGUCCCUGCCCUCAGGGGCUUAGAGUCUAGUAAGCUCCCAAUAAGAUAAACUGGCCAACUUUAACCCAGCCCAAAACUGGCACAAAACCCCCAAAGCACAGAGUAUUCGGGCUGUCCAAGGCAUCUCCAUCAACCCUUUCAUUUUAAGGAGCAGGAAACAGAGACCUGGAAGGAUGAAGGAACUGGACCAUGGUCACCCCUGCUGAGUUGGCAGCAGAGCCAAGGCUAGACUAUCGGUCUCCAAUGGCCGCAGGAUUCUUUCCACUCUCCUGUUGGUUCUUGACUAAAGUGGGGGACACAGGGGCUGGCAGGUGUGUGGUUGGGGACUGGGGAAAGCCCCUGGAUGUGCAGCCAUUGGUCACUGGAUGUUUCAGCAGCCUGGGGUGGGGCCAGGCCAAACCCCCUUGGAAUGGAAGAAGGGCCAUUUCCCCAUUCAAAGAAAUCCAUUUUCCUUUAGGUAGUUGGGUCCAAGGUGCAUCACCCAGCAUGACCAAGGGUUUAAGGGGCCUGGGGAGUAGGGACCAGAGCCUCCUGUGUGUCUUUCGUGACAGAGGGGGUCCAGGGCAGACUGCCCAUGUUCCCCUUCAAACCCUCGGAAGGCUUGGCCCUAGUGGGCAGCACCAGGAGUAGUGGGUAGGAAGUGGUAGGGAGACAGACUUCAUCAACUGAUUUAAGGCAGAAAACCCCAACUUUUCUAACAAUACGAGCUGUUUAGGAGCGGAAUGGGUGGUAGAUGGUAAGCUCCCCGUCACUGGAAACCUUCAAAGGGAGGCCAUUUGUUAGGGAUUCCUUCGGAAGGAUACCUAGAUCCCUUGGAACCUCUCCAGCUCUGGAGAUUCCAUGAUUCUCUGGGGAAUGAGACAGAGAGUGAGCUCCCCAUCACUGGAACUAUUCAAGUGGAGACAGGAUACCCACUUGGUCAGGGAUGCUGUAGAUGGGGUUCUUGCUCAGGUAUGGGGUGAACUAGAUGCUCAGAGCUGGCCACUCCCAGAGGUGGGUUGGAGCGUGUCUCGGUUUACAAAUGCUCUGUUAGGAAAAUUAACCAACAAAUAAAGAAAAAUAUGUGA